GAUUUUUGAUGAUUUCAUGGAUAGUGAUCAUAAGACAUUCAUGCCAAGGCCAUGUGAUGAUGCUGAUGAGCUGCUGAGCUUAUACAAUGCUUCUGAUAUGGCUUUUAACGGCGAGAAAAAAAUGGAUGCUGCGAGAUCGUUUGCAGUGAAGCACCUGAAGUUAAUUUCAACUGUUGGCCGCAUCGAAAGAGCUGAAUUAAAAAAUGUUAUAAACUGGUGGGCAAGAUUGGAUCUGGGAAAAACUUUAAGUUUCUCGAGAAAUAGACUUAUAGAAUGCUUCUUCUAUGUUGUCGGAAUAGUCCAUGGCCCUGAUUCUGGAUUUUGCCGAGAAAAACUGACCCAAGUUGGCAUGUUGAUUGCAACUGUUGAUGACGUUUAUGAUAUAUAUGGUUCCCUUGAAGAACUUGAGCUCUUCACCCAAAUUAUUGAUCGAUGGGAUAUGAAAGAUAUGAUAAAACUUCCAGAUUAUAUGAAGAUUUGUUUUUCUACCCUCAACGACCUUAUUACUGAAGUAGCAAGUCAACUUUCGUUGAAUGAUAGAUUGGAGGUCAUGCCAUAUCUUAAGAGAGCGUGGGCAGAUUUAUUCAAGACAUUUCUAGUGGAAGCAAAAUGGUGUAAGGAUAGAUACAUUCCAACACUAAAAGAGUAUCUGCCAAUUGCGACUCUCUCAGCAUCAGGCCAUGUCAUACUUCUUCAUACCUAUGUCUUGUUAAAAUGUAAAAUAACAAAGGAGACUCUACAACAACUUCAAGACUUCCCAAAUAUCAUUCGAUUGCCCUCCUUAAUCUUCCGCCUCUGCAACGAUUUAGCAACCUCAUCUGAAGAACGAGAUAGAGGUGAAACAGCGAUAGCAGUUCAGUGCUACAUGAAUGAAGAAGGAGCUUCUGAGGAAGAAGCUCGUAUGUAUGUAUCAGUAUUGAUAAGUGACGCGUGGAAGGAGAUGAACAGAGAAUAUUUUACUUGUUCUUAUUAUUCGAAGUUCCCUCAACAAUUCAUCGAUGCUUCUAUAAAUCUUGCAAGAAUGGCAAGCUUCAUGUACCAGCAUGGAGAUGGAUUUAGUUCUCCGGGACAUCAGGUUAAGGCUUCCAUAAUUUCCUUACUCCUCAAUAGCACUUCUACUAAUUUGAGGGAGAGGGAUUUGUAG